GUGGCAUUUCAUAGCAUCUCACAAAUUACAAGCAGUUCCAUGCAAUGAAAUUUGAGGGUAAGAAUUAUUCGCCUUUGGUAAUUGCAGGAUAAAUUCAAACCUAGUACCAUAUUCAUUAGAUAUGGUUUUACAGGAUUCUAAGGGUGAUCGCAUACAUGCUUCAAUUGGCAAGUAUGAUAUUAAGUUUUUCAAGAACAAGAUGGAGGAACUUGGGUUAUAUCGCAUUAACAACUUUGUUGUUACAUCAAAUUCCAAGAAAUUUAAGACUACAACACACAAGCACAAGUUGAUUUUCAUAAAAACGACUUCUGUCGAGGAAAUUACUGAUCCUUCAUUUCCUAUGGACAUACUUAAUUUGCGUCCAUUUGACCAACUCACAAUUCACUAUAUUGUCGAUGACACAAAACUUUUCGAUGUUGUUGGUCAGGUUGUGACAUACGAAGCUGUUCAAACAUUCAAACAAGGAGACAGUAAUAGUGUUUUUAUAAAUAUUGUGCUAGAAAAUGAUAAGAGAAAUAGACUUUCAACAACUUUAUGCGGCGAACUUGUGGAUCAAAUUCAACCUUAUUUGAGUGCAUUCACAUAUGAACCUUUGAUUGUGGUUCUUCAAUUUAUGAAGGCUCAAAAAUUCAGAGAUAUCUACUCCGUUCGUAGUUGUUGGUACCAAACUAAGCUAUGAAUAAAUCCAUCUCUGCCGCAAUCUAUUACUUUUAAAUCCAGAUUAAAUGCAGCAUGUGCUUCUAACUAUGAGCGGCUUAGCCAGAUAAGUUCUCAACAGUGUUAUUCUAUCACGGAUGAGUUAGCCAAAGAAAUUGUACCUUUUAAAUACAUCAAUGAUUUGAUUGUAUGCU